GUUUGUCAAUAAACACAACCCCGCCCCGCCCGCCAGUUGAACGUCUCGAUCCACCACUUUCCUCUUUUUCUCAAUCUUUUUUCCUUUCUUCUCUCCGUACAAAAUCCAUCCAUCUGCACGCCAUCCAACAAUCAAACAAAUCCCUUCUUCUACGUGUGUUCUGGGUAUCUGAAAUUUCGGACCAAUUUCAAAUCCAUUCCCUUUUUCUUGUAUUUGAAAUUGAUUCGCUGAUGGGUGCAUGCCCAUUCAUUCUUUGAGGUUUACGCAUUCAUUGCUUGCCUCUCAUGGAGUCGAUCUGGAGUCAAAAUGUCGUCCCAGCUCCCUCCCGGUUUAUUUUCGCUGUUUACUUCGCUUUUGCUUCCUUUGGUGCCAGGGUGUUGCUCGAUAGAUACGUAUAUCAAAGACUAUCGAUAUGGUUGAUGAGCAAAGGGAAUACUCCAUUGAAGCUCAAUAAAGCUACAAAAGCAAAAGUGGCAAAAUUCACCGAAUCCAUGUGGAAGCUUACAUAUUAUGCUAUUAUUGAAUUUACUGUUCUUGCUAUUACUUCUCAUGAGCCUUGGUUUACAGACAUAAAAGGAUAUUUUAGAGGCUGGCCAAAUCAAGAACUAAAGUUUUCUCUAGAACUUGUGUAUAUGUGUCAAUGUGGGUUCUAUGUUUAUAGCAUUGCUGCUCUUGUUUUGUGGGAAACUCGAAGGAAGGAUUUCUCUGUGAUGAUGUCACAUCAUGUAAUCACUGUUUUCUUAAUUGGCUAUUCCUACAUUACAAGGUUCUUUCGAAUCGGAUCUGUAGUUCUUGCAGUGCAUGAUGCAAGUGAUGUGUUUCUUGAAGGAGCUAAAAUGUUCAAAUACUCGGGUAAAGAAGUAGGGGCAAGUGUGGUAUUUGGAAUGUUUGCAUUCUCAUGGCUUAUACUAAGACUCAUAAUCUUUCCUUUUUGGGUCAUAAGAGCCUCAAGUGUCCAUCUUCUAGAAGCUUUGAGGCCUUCAGAAGUGUAUCAUAUGAGCUUGUACUAUGUUUUCAAUACCAUGUUGUUGACUCUACUUGUGUUUCAUAUCUAUUGGUGGAUUCUUAUCUUCAACAUGAUAAUGAGACAACUCAAGAACAGAGGACAAGUUGGUGAAGAUAUUCGAUCUGAUUCGGAUGAUGAUGAUUAGUUUGAUGAAGGGAAGGAAGGUUACAGAGUUUUAUGUAUGAAAUUAGGGUUGGAGUUUGAUUCAUGAUCAUCAUAUAUCAUAUGUUUCCUACUUAUUAGAUUACAUACAUUUUAUUCUUUUGACUCAUGCUUAAAUAGAAAAGGCUAUCAACUAGUUUCUUGACA